AUGAGCGCGCAAGACGACGUGACAGAUGCUCGCGUGCCUUUACAAGCACGCCACCGCCGCCGCUAUGAGCGCAAAGGCCGGCUCCGGUCAGCAAACCCUCAGCCGGCGUCCACCUGCUGCUUUACAUUGACCGGAGGAGGAGCAGGGAGCUACGUUUCGGGAAAGACUUUAAAAUACCAAAUUUACGAGGAGCAGAAAGUGGGCACAGUCAUUGCCAGACUCCGAGAUGAUGUGGCGGAUAUAUUGGCCAAAUUCCCCAGUUCAGUGUCUCUGCGCUUCCGUGCCGUGCAGAGAGGCACCUCGUCUCUACUGACAGUGCGUGAGUUGGACGGAGAGAUCAGCGUCAGGACCAAGAUCGACCGCGAGAAACUCUGUGAAAAGAACCUGAACUGUUCCAUCCAGUUCGACGUACUCACUCUGCCCACAGAGCACCUGCAGCUGUUCCACGUCGAUGUGGAAGUGCUGGACAUCAACGACAACGCGCCCCAGUUCGCUCGCCCUGUCAUCCCCAUUGAAAUCUCUGAGAGCGCAGCGGUCGGAGCGCGCAUUCCUCUGGACAGCGCCACAGACCCAGACGUAGGGGAGAACUCUCUGUACACGUACGCGUUAGAGCCCAACACUUUCUUCAAGAUCGACAUUCAGUCCAGGAGCGAUGGGGUUAAGUACGCGGAGCUUGUGGUGCUUAAGGAGCUGGACAGAGAGGUGCGCUCCGGUUACGAACUUCAGUACACGGCUUCUGACAGGGGCGUACCCCAGAGGACAGGCUCCACGCUCCUCAAAAUCAGCGUGACUGACUCCAACGACAACAGCCCGGUGUUUGAAAAAUCCUCCUAUGUCAUAAACCUGCCUGAAAACUCCGCGGGAAACGGGGAUGCGGCUUACAUCUCCGAGGCGUCCCCUUUGGACACUUUUGUGGCGCUGGUGAGAGUGGAGGACUUGGACUCUGGCUUAAACGGUGAAGUGGAGUGCAAAUUACACGGCCAGGGUUAUUUUAAGCUGCAGAAGACCUACGAGAAUAAUUACUUGAUAUUAACUAACGUCUCACUCGACAGAGAGAAAAGAUCAGAGUUCAGUCUCACUGUGGUGGCAGAGGACAAAGGCAGUCCGAGUCUCUCCACCAUCAAGCACUUCACUGUUCAUGUCACUGAUGAGAAUGAUAACCCCCCUCGCUUUGAGAAAGGCAGAUAUGAGAUUUUCAAGUCCGAAAACAAUGCUCCAGGGGCAUACUUGACCUCUAUUAUGGCCACUGAUCCUGAUCUAGAUACCAACGGACAGGUUAGUUAUUCAGUCCUAGAAAAUUCAGUUCAUGGAAGCUCUAUUUCCACAUAUGUCACUAUUGACCCAUCUAAUGGUGCCAUAUAUGCCUUGCGCACGUUUGACAGAGAGGAUGUCAGCCGCAUUUCCUUUGUGGUUCAAGCCAAAGAUUCAGGGAAGCCAUCCCUUUCAACUAACGCCACAGUGAUUUUGAACAUCCUGGACGAGAAUGACAAUCCGCCAAUCAUAGUAGUCCCCCAACUGUGGAACUUUAGCGCUGACAUCCCCGCGUCAAAGUUUACAGAGGCAGGGCAGUUAGUCACAAUGGUCAGGGCCACAGAUAGAGACACUGGAGUGAAUGCUGAGCUUAUCUGCUCCAUUGUGAGUGGGAAUGAGGAGGGGUUCUUUCUCAUUGAACCGAGAACAUGUGAGAUCCAUGCCAACGCCAGCCUAGAUAGCUACCCUCACGAGCACGCCGAGCUCACGGUGGUGGUGCGAGAUCAGGGAAGCGAGAGCCUCAGUGCCAAAGCAGUUUUGAAAAUCACCCUCUAUGAAAACAUGGAGAACCACGUGCAGGUGAUGGACCAGGGCGAAUCGUCCCUGGAUGUUUCUCUCAUCAUCAUCAUCUCCCUGGGGGCCAUCUGUGCCGUGCUGCUGGUCAUCAUGGUCGCCUUCGCCGCCCACUGCAACCGGGAGAAGAAGGACACCAGGAACUCUUACAACUGCAGAGUGGCAGAGUCCACUCACCAGCACCAUCCCAAGAAACCAACUCGCCAAAUUCACAAAAACGACAUCACCCUGGUCCCCACGGUGAACGGGACCCUGCCAAUCCGGUCCCACCACCGAUCUCCCUCCACCACGCCCCCUAUGGACCGCGCGCAGAUGGGCAGCCGACAGAACCACCACAGCCGCCAGUCGCUCAACAGCCUGGUGACCAUCUCGUCCAAUCACAUCCCGGAGAGCUUCGCCUUGGAGCUCGCACACGCCACUCCACCGGUCGAGCAAGUCUCACAGCUUCUGUCCAUGCUCCAUCAGGGCCAGUACCAGCCCAGACCCAGUUUCCGCGGCAACAAAUACUCCCGCAGCUACAGGUAUGCGUUACAAGACAUGGACAAGUUCAGCCUGAAGGACAGUGGCCGUGGGGACAGCGAGGCGGGAGACAGUGAUUGUGAAAUGGGCCGAGAAUCCCCAGUGGACAGGCUGCUUCUGGGGGAGGGAUUUUCUGACCUAAUCCAUCUCGAGAUGCACCAUCGUCUCCACCCAGCUAUGAGACUGUGCACAGAUGAAUGCCGCGUCCUGGGACACUCGGACCAAUGCUGGAUGCCGCCUUUGUCCCUCCCCCAGUCCUCAUCUGACUACCGCAACAACAUGUACAUACCUGGGGAGGAGUCUACCCAGCCACCCCAGCAGCAGACUGAUGACGACCAGUCCUCUGUCGAUUCAGAGCGCCGUAAAAGUUUUUCUACUUUCGGAAAGGAGCCGGGCAGCGAGGAGGCAGCAGGCGGGGCAAUGGUGGAGGGAAGUGAUGUCACAGGGGGCGGGGCUGGAUCCCUCCUCAAUGAGAUGAACAGUGUUUUCCAAAGGCUGCUUCCCCCUAACGUGGACGGCUACGCUGAAUGUAACGAAACAAGCCAGCCUGUGCCUCCUUCAGCUGGAGACAGGGCAGUGGGGCGUGCUAAUGCUAAUUCAAACAACGCUGUACCCCAGGACAGUAGAAGGGGGUUGUUGCCGGGCGGAAAAGGUGCCCCUUACCCUCCUGGUGUGGCAGCGUGGGCAGCCAACACCCAUUAUUUGAAUCCAGCGUCGAACAACCACAUUUCAAAUACCCCCACGAAUACAUCCACGUCCACCUCGACCUCCACAAAUGUUCAGCCACCACAUCUCAAGUGGCUCCCGGCCAUGGAGGAAAUCCCCGAAAACUAUGAGGAAGAUGAAUUUGAUGGAGUUUUUCACCAGGGCGGGAAGAGGAACGAGGGUCGCCACGACACCAAUGUGGACGCUAGCGAGUUGGUGCAUGAGAUCAAUAAACUGCUACAGGACGUCCGGCAGAACUAG